UGCCAUGGCAACCGGGACGCGCCUCCCGCCGGCGGCCAUGGCGGGGCCUGGCGCCGCGCAGGUCCCCGAUGGCGAGUUCACGGCGGUCGUGUACCGGCUCGUCCGCGACUCCCGGCACGCCGAGGCGGUGCAGCUGCUGAGCGGGGAGCUCCAGCGCAGCCCCCGCAGCCGCGCCGGCCUCUCGCUGCUGGGCUACUGCUACUACCGCCUGCAGGAGUUCGCGCUGGCCGCGGAGUGCUACGAGCAGCUGAGCCACCUGCACCCGGAGCUGGAGCAGUACCGCCUGUACCAGGCCCAGGCGCUCUACAAGGCCUGCCUGUACCCCGAGGCCACGCGGGUCGCCUUCCUGCUCCUGGACAACCCCGCCUACCACGCCCAGGUGCUGCGGCUCCAGGCGGCCAUCAAGUACAGCGAGGGUGACCUGCCCGGGGCCAGGAGCCUGGUGGAGCAGCUGCUGAGUGGCGACGGGGGAGAGGAGAGUGCUGGGGAGAAUGAUGCCGACGGCCAGGUCAACCUGGGCUGUCUGCUCUACAAGGAGGGCCAGUAUGAGGCCGCCAGUUCCAAGUUCGCUGCAGCCCUGCAGACGUCAGGCUAUCAGCCUGACCUCUCCUACAACCUGGCUUUGGCCUAUUAUAACAAUAGGCAGUAUGCGUCAGCUUUGAAGCACAUCGCAGAUAUCAUUGAACAUGGCAUCUGCCAGCACCCAGAGCUGGGUGUGGGCAUGACCACAGAGGGCAUUGACGUUCGCAGUGUGGGCAACACCUUGGUCCUCCACCAGACAGCUCUGGUGGAAGCCUUCAACCUCAAGGCAGCCAUCGAAUAUCAGCUGAGGAACUUUGAAGUGGCCCAGGAGACCCUCACUGACAUGCCACCUCGGGCAGAGGAAGAGCUGGAUCCUGUGACCCUGCACAAUCAAGCACUCAUGAACAUGGAUGCCAGGCCCACAGAAGGCUUCGAAAAACUACAGUUCCUGCUCCAGCAGAACCCCUUCCCCCCAGAGACCUUCGGCAACCUGCUGCUACUCUACUGCAAGUAUGAGUAUUUUGACCUAGCCGCAGAUGUCCUGGCAGAAAAUGCCCAUUUGACCUAUAAGUUCCUCACACCAUACCUCUACGACUUCUUGGAUGCCAUGAUCACUUGCCAGACAGCUCCUGAAGAGGCCUUCAUUAAGCUUGAUGCGCUGGCAGGGAUGCUGACUGAAACGCUCCGGAGACUUACUAAACAAGUACAGGAAGCAAGACACAACAGAGAUGAUGAAGCUGUCAAGAAAGCAGUAAAUGAAUAUGAUGACACACUUGAGAAGUAUAUCCCCGUGUUGAUGGCCCAAGCCAAAAUCUACUGGAACCUGGAAAAUUACUCCAUGGUGGAGAAGAUCUUCCGCAAAUCCGUGGAAUUCUGUAACGACCACGAUGUGUGGAAACUGAAUGUGGCUCAUGUUCUGUUCAUGCAGGAGAACAAAUACAAAGAAGCGAUUGGUUUUUAUGAGCCCAUAGUCAAGAAGCACUAUGACAACAUUCUGAAUGUCAGCGCUAUUGUGUUGGCUAACCUCUGUGUUUCUUAUAUCAUGACAAGUCAAAAUGAAGAAGCCGAGGAGCUGAUGAGAAAGAUUGAGAAGGAGGAAGAGCAGCUCUCCUACGAUGAUCCCGACAAAAAAAUCUACCAUCUCUGCAUUGUGAACCUGGUGAUAGGGACACUCUAUUGUGCCAAAGGGAAUUAUGACUUUGGUAUUUCUCGGGUUAUCAAGAGCUUAGAACCUUAUAACAAAAAACUGGGAACUGAUACCUGGUAUUAUGCCAAGAGAUGCUUCCUGUCCUUACUAGAGAACAUGUCAAAACACAUGAUAGUGCUUCGUGAUAGUGUUAUUCAAGAAUGUAUUCAGUUUCUUGAACAUUGUGAAUUUUUUGGCAGAAAUAUACCUGCCAUUAUUGAACAACCUCUGGAAGAAGAAAGAUUGCAUAUUGGAAAGAAUACAGUCACAUACGAAUCCAGACAGUUAAAAGCUUUGAUUUAUGAGAUUAUAGGAUGGAAUAUAUAGUUAUGCUUAAAAUGGCCUUUCUAAAUCUGGUUUUAUUAUAUGUAUUUGGUUUUCUAUCUGCAUUUUUCCUUUGCAUCUUUACAUUUGUUAUUUGUUAAAAUUAAUAUACUCUAAGAUUAUAAUUGCAGUAAUUUCGAUGUGACUGAAAGAGUCAAGAAAUGAGAUUAAAAAAAUAAACCUGUUAUAAUAAAUAAGCCUUUUUUAAAAAACAGGCUCAUGAAAAAGUAUAAGAAUAAUAAGGAAAGUUAUUAUACCUAUAAUGCUUCCCCUUUGUUUAUUUCAUGCUUGUUUUAUCUUGAAGGAAUCUGCAUGGCUGAAUUACAUAAUCCUAGGAUGAGGAACCAUAAUUUCCAGAACACUGUGAAUGUAUGGGACAUUAUAAAACAUCUGGACUUUAUUAUUUCCAGUAUUGUGUUUACUCUCAUAAUUACAUUAAUUUUAAGGCAUGUUCUACUUAAAUUUUAGUAGGUAUCAGCAGAGUUCUGAAAUAGUUAUAAUGCUCUAACAAAAUAUUCCUUAUAUUAUCAAUGUGAUUUCUUUAAAUGUUUAAAUGCAUUGGAAAUAUUGUGCCAUAACAAAUAUUGUGCCAUUACAUGACAAAUAUGGUGCUAGGAUUUGGAAAUA